AACUACGUAUGUAGUAUAACCGAACUAUUGGAGAAAGUAGUUUUUAUUAAUUAUUUAUUACUACAAAAAUGACUAAAUUUUCGGUCAUCGUAGUGUCUGUUGUCGCUGUUUGUUUGUUUACUCCUCCAGUAUCAGCAACAGGCGUUCAGCUCCCAGCAGUUUACCCUCUUGUGAACAUCCUCUUACCGCUUCUGAAUAACGUCUACAAUCUUCUACUCUCCCUGCUCUCGAUCUUCGAUACUCUCCCACCAUCCAUCAGUUGCUUGAUCCCAGUAGACCUGGGAGCACUUGAGACUUCACUUCUCAAGCUCUACUCUCAGGCGUUGGCUAUCGUGAACUUCCUUAGGGGAUUGCCGGAGUAUGCUACUGGUGCCAACCCUAACACGCCUUCGACUGGUGUUGCCAAUCUGCAAGGUCUGUUGACAACCCUGAUCUCGUCUAUCACGGACUUGGGUGAAGAUAUCCUGAUCGGUAUCGGAGGUGGACUGCUUCCUGGUCUUCUGCAGUUAGUGGUGAUGGUGGUGCAAGCGUUGUUAAGUUUAUUACUUUAAUUUAAUUUAGAUGUAAGUUAUUUAAAUAAAUAAUGUUUUGUUA